AAGACACCCCAAGACACCCAAGCUUUUAUAGUGUCAGCUGCGCAAACUGUGUUCGAAUGACCAUUUUCACAACGGACGAUGGCUGUUCUCGACCAAACUCCAGCUCAUUUCGAGUUCGCCACGUUCAAUAGUAUCAAAGUCGGCGCUCAGGGCGCCGCAUCCAGCAAGGCUCCCUUUCUAUUCAUCGUCAAAACCCCUACAUCCGGCGCAUUGUCCCGCUCAACUACCCGAAGUGCUGCGGCGAGCAUCAACAGCCAUGCCCAGCGGUGGGCUCAGGAGGUAGCCACUUCCAAGGCAAUCGGUGGUAGCGACCCUCAACGUCAGACGGAUACACUGCUCUUCGAGAAAUGCUUGACGCGGUGCCGAGUGUCUCGGCUACUGGAUGACCCAAAUAAACCAUCUAAAGGGAGGCGCUCGGCAAAUGCGAAGCAGACAAGUCACACCUCAACAAAGCGGCCCAAGAAACCGAAGCGGGCAGCUUCAGAGGGCCGCAGUGCGAUGACAGAUAAGGACACCUCAACAAGCCCAGAAUCCGAGUCCCGGCGCCAGCGAGAUUCCAGCGAGGACGAAUAUCUCGACAAUGAGGCGAUUCAAUUGCUACUAGGCCCUUCCCCUGGCCCGUCCCAGAAAUCUGUCAUUGAUCCCUUUGAUUGCACAGCUGCCACGAUAGACAGCGAUGUACUGCCCAUCCUCCAAUAUUAUCUUUCUUUUGCUCUCCUCUCCAAACCUCAAAGCGACGACGGCCAAAAACCGCCCGACGCCGCAUUCAUCCAACACUUCUCCAGCAUUGAUGCCAUCAUCCAGGGCUGCAUGAGGAAGAGUGUCCACAUGUACGCCCUCUUAGCAGCUACGGCGAGCCGCAUGAGACGAGUCUCUGGCAUAUCCUUCCGCGCGGGAAAUGGGCCCGAAUUAUACCUACACAAAGCUCUCCAGUGCCUGAGGCUGCUCCUUGACAAUCAGUCCGCGGCCGAAGACCGUCAGAUUAUCCUCGACAUCUAUUACCUAAGCGUAUGCGGCUGGUACAUGGAGAAUUAUGAAGAAUCGAAGACCCACUUCAACAUCCUCAAGCAUUUUUGGAAGACGUUGACUCCUGGGCAGUCCACCCUCGAUCAGUACAUCUAUGAUGUGCUCAGUUACAAUGCAAUCUUCCUGGAAUCUGACGCCACGAAUCUGGCAGGAUCGGUGGUGCUGCCCGAGCUCCUUUGUCCUUCUACGGGGAGUGAAGAGAUCUAUCAAUGCGUUGGCUGGCAUCCUAGCCCAAUCUAUUCGUCCCACUACUGUUCAGCAUUCCCAGGAGCGCUUGAGCAAACGCCAUGCAGCUCUGACCUGAAAAAUGUGGUACAGGAGCUCCCCUCUCUUUUGCGGCUCUUUGACCAUUUUCACCAAAACCCCGACUUUAUCGGUCCUGAGACCGACUGGGUUCUGAGCAAGAGCAAAUUCCUGGUCCUCCACCUAUUGGAAAUCCCCAGCUAUGGCGGCGAGCUCUGCUGUCGUCUAGCCUUGGUGUUGCUGCUCCAAUACAUCUCCCAGUCUACUCUGGCAAAGUUCCGUUGCACCGACGAAUCCAUCUACGCUUCUUCGGCUCCUGCGAAACGCCCGCCGCUUGACCCGGCCUUGAUCACGAAACGCCUCAAACGACAACUCCAAUAUGAGAUCCUCCAGCCUUCGAACGAGAUCUCCUCAGGCGUCGACACCGGCCCGCGAUCUACCAGCGAAACCCACGUGACUUGGACAGGCAAAUCCGACCGCUUGCUCCUGUGGAUCUUGAUCGCCGGGCUCUUUGGGGCGCGCAGCACGGAUCAAAAAGAUGAAUACCGCUGGUUCUGGACCCGCAGCGUGGCAGUGACGCGGGUCCUGAGCAUUGGGACCAUGAGGCUGUUGAAGGAGUUGAUGAAGUCGUUCGUGUGGGUCGAGGGGAUGCUCGACGAUCAGGCGUGGGAGGAGCUCUUUAGGUUGGGUUCGGCGUCCGACGAGAAAGGCGAUGAAUGAAGUGGAUGAGAGGCGUUUUCCUAGGGCACAAAAUCAAGAUUGCUCACGAUUGAUCGAGGGUUGAAGCCGCGCCCUGUUCCAUCCCCACGUUUCUUCCCGGCCUCUUUGACCGGAUGCCUUGGUGGAUCUCCGGCCCGGUUGGA